CGCCUGCAAACAAACGGCACAAUUGACAUUCUCUUGACACUUGUCAAAAUGUCCCAACCUAAAGACACCCUAGCGGGCAACAAUGACAAAAUUAUUAAGUGCAUCGCCGACCUUAAAAAGCAACGGAAGGAGCUCGAGUUCCUCAUCGGAAAACAGCAAGAAGAGCAGAGCACGUUGCAGACCGAGAUGGAACGAAUUACUCUCCGAUUGGGCGUAAUAAGUAAAGGCCACGCGCGGCGCGUUGCCGCCAAAGACAAUUACGAUAUCGCCAUCAAAAAUGCGGAAGAAAGUUACCAGGAAAUCGUAACGUUAUCCGGACGACUGUUGCAAAGCAUACGGAAGAAUAUGUCCGAGUUGGAAGAGGCGAUGGAUAAGAAAAUCGGUACUGACACAAACGUGAAACCGCAAAGCAAUAGCAGUUUAAGCGAAAAUUCUGGUAGGGAAUUGCCGCAUCUGAUUGAAUCUAGUCUGCUUUCGCUGUAAUCUUUAAAUAAAACGUGAUUUUCUUCUU